CCGCGGGGCCGGGCGGCAGGCCCGUCACGCAGCCGCCAUUUGCUGGCCGCCGCCGCAUGCGCGCUCCUGCGCCAUGGCGGCCAUGGGCGCGGCGCGGGGGCUGCGGGGGGCCGGCGGCUUGUGGCAGCCGCUGCGGGCGGCCCCGGGGCUCGCUGUUUGCAGGCAGAAGUCAUCAGUCAGCUUUUUGACUCGACCAGAUCGACCAAAUCUAGCUUACCAUAGACUAAAAGGCAGGAAUCCAGGGGUUAUUUUCCUUCCAGGCUUUAAUUCCAAUAUGAAUGGUCAGAAAGCAACUGCCCUUGAGGAUUUCUGCAGCUCUCUAGGUCAUGCCUUCGUCAGAUUUGAUUAUACAGGAUGUGGAAGUUCAAGUGGUAACUUUGAGGAGUGUACAAUUGGGAAGUGGAGAAAAGAUGUUCUGUCUAUACUGGAUGAACUUACAGAUGGACCACAGAUUCUGGUGGGCUCCAGCUUAGGUGGAUGGCUGAUGCUUCAUGCCGCGAUAGCACGCCCAGAUAAAGUAGCUGCUCUAGUUGGAGUAGCUGUAGCAGCAGACUAUGUUGUAACAACCUUUAAGAGGCUUCCCAUUGAGACACAAAAAGAAAUAGAAGAAAAAGGUGAAUGGAAGUUUCCAACAAAGUAUAAUGAGGAAGGAUAUUACUCCGUGACAUACGACUUCAUUAAGGAAGCAGAAAAUCACUGUUUGUUGAGUAGUCCCAUUCCUAUAACGUGUCCUGUCCGGCUCAUUCACGGCAUGAAGGAUAGUGAUGUCCCCUGGCAGAUCUCUAUGCAAGUCGCUGAUCGCAUCCUGAGCAAAGAUGUGGAUGUCAUCCUCCGCAAAACUGGCCAGCAUCGAAUGAGUGAGAAGGAAGAUACCAAACUUCUUGUGAAUACCGUUGAUGAUUUAAUCGACAAGUUGUCAACACUAGUAUAAGCUGCAGAGUAGCAUAAAGACACGAACUCUACGCCUGACUCUUUUCCAUGAGUAGCAGAAAACCCUGUUCGUAACGAGAUGAUGCUAGGGCUGUGACAAUCACAGUAGGAACUGAGCUUUACCUGCUGUUUCCUUACCUCUGUUAUGUAAAUACAGGUGUUUUAUUAAUGCUGCUUUUGCACAGAUAGUCCAAAGUGUGAGGAAGUGCUGCUGUUGGGUUCGGAACCUCUACUUUACCACUGAAACCUUUUUUCACAGAUUUCCUACCCUUUUGUACUGAAACGUUCGUUCGUUUUUUGUUACUAUUGGUCUGUACAGUACAGCUUCGGUUUCCCAUGUCUGAUGCCUUCUCAAUAAUGUCCUUUUGCUGUAACUUCCUUGUGUUUUGUCUGAAACCAUCUGUGCGAGGCAAAACACAAGUGUCUGCUAAUGUUAUUGUUAGUAGAAAUAGCAAACAACAUGAAGCAUAGCAAACAGAUUUCCAAUAAAUGAUUAUACUGUUCUUAAA